AUGAUUGCCGUACGCGAUGAACGCUUGACCCCUGCGCUGAUGUGGGCCACCCCUCCCUCCAUUCGUAACGUCUGCUUGGCUGGAAAUAGGGCUAACAUUUCGAGUGAACUCUCAGUGAAACCCAUUUGUUUGUUGACUGUGUUGUCGGCCGUGUUGUCCAACACAUGCUUACGAGACGUACGCCCAACCAGUCUGUCACUCAAUCAGUGAAUGAAUGUCCGAUACAAUGCAAAAUGCAAUACAUUUCGAUGCAAACGAUUGUGUCGUCAGCGAUGACCACGAGGCCGGUGGACACCAACGCCACACCACCACCACA